UUAUAAUCUGCUAACAGUGGAGAGUGCCAACAUGAGCAGCGAGGGGGCAGAGAAUCCCAUCUCAUCCACACUGACCCAGGGCGUGAAGAGAAAGAGGGGGAGACCAAAGAAGCAGCCACAGGAGGAUGGUGGAAACACAGCUAUUAUCCCACAGGAUGCUGUGGAACCACAGCCAGUGAAGAAACCACGAGGAAGGCCAAAAGGAAGCAAGAAAACGACUGUUCUAAGUGGGGGAAUGGCAGAACCUUCUGCUGGGAAGAGGCGAAGAGGGAGGCCCCGCAAAUGGCCUCAAGCAGUGGUCCAAGAAGGAGAGUCUCAGGGAGAAGAUCCUCUGGAAAGCAGUGACUUGAAUUUGAACUCGGCACCAGCCACACAAGACAUCACUGGAAAAGACGGCUCCAGGUCUGCCAAAACCACUGGUCUUAGGAGAUGUCUGAGUCACAUCCCUGCUGCAGCUCAGUAGUGUCCCACCUGUUUGUGUCUUGCUGAAGCCAGAGGAGUGGAAAGCAAACAGGACUUUUAAUGUUGUAUUUCACAUUCUUCAUUUGUGAUAAUUUUAGCCCAGCUCUCUCCUGUUGCCUGUGGACUUGCUUACCCCAAACAUCCAAACAAGGAUUUAGGGGAAGAAAUGGCAAAUUGCCUUGUUGGAGAGAAGCCUUUUACAGUUUGUAGUAUAUCUUCUGUGAGUAUAAUAAUUUCUC